UCCCCGGGUUUAAAAGCGCAGAGGUCCGGUGUGCGCCGGAGCAGUGCGUCACAGCGACCCAGCACCGCCAGGAUCCCCCGACACACAGACCCGGAGUCAGACACCUCAGCACGGCGGCGACAGCAGCUUCUUCUGCAUCAGCCAUGACUUUACUCCACAUGUUUUAAUAUUUCACACGCGACUCGAUUUGACGUUUUCCUUUUGGAUUUUCUCCUGUUUGAAAUCGAAGCAGCUGUUUUUCAACUAAGUUUUUUCUUACAUAUAUAUUUGUCAUCCUGGUUUGUUUCGCGGUGGUUCAGAGACAGAGGAUCCUGAGCAACAGCUGGAGGAUUAUAAAUAUAGAAAUAUCUAAACUCCGCUAUAUGGAUAAAGAGUCGCUCCCAUCUGCAGCUGCUCUCACAGUUUGAUCUCAGACGUUUCUCUCUGCCUGAAGACGAAGAUGAAAUCAGCUGAAGAGGAUGCAUAUGGCUACACGCCAAAUGUCAGUCUCUCCCUCCCUCUGGGCAACCCGUGUAUCCCCUCCCAGUACCACAGCCUCCAGUCCAGCCCCACCAUAUCUGUCUCCGUCAGCGAGCCUCACAGUUACGACACCCAGGAUGACAUGACGGGGGCCGGCUACUACUCGUCUUCGAGCACCCGCCCAAACGGGGCCCCGACCCUGGAGAGCCCUCGUAUCGAGAUCACGGCCUACGGUCAGUUUCCUGAGGAUGAGGUGGAGGAGAGCAGCCUUCCCGUCACCAAGAGAGUCAACUCCGUGGUGACACUGACCCUCCCCAGUGCCGACAGUUACCGUGACCCCAGCUGCCUGAGUCCGGCCAGCAGCAUCUCAUCUCGCAGCUGCCACUCUGACGCCUCCUCUUACGAGUCAGGCUUCUCCUACAACUACGACAACUCCCCCCAGAACUCCCCCUGGCAGUCUCCCUCUGUGUCCCCCAAAGGCUCCACCCUCGCCCUGCCAGGUGACGGCUGUGCCUCUGGCGGAUCCCCUCGCCACUCCCCCUCCACCUCUCCGCGCACCAGUAUAACAGAUGACACCUGGAUGGGUCAGCGUGGCUCCAGGCCCAACUCCCCUUGUGGUGCAAAGAGGAAGUACAGCUUCAACGGCAGCGGGGCGCCACACAAGCACUACCCCUACUCGCCCAACCACUCCCCCGGACCUUCCCCGCAGACCUCGCCACGCCUCAGCAUCACAGAGGAGUCCUGGCUCCCAAACACCAACCAGUACACCAACUCAGCCAUCCUGGCAGCCAUUAAUGCCCUUACCACAGACGGAGUGGCCGACCUCGCUGAGGGAAUCCCCAUGAAGGCCCGGAAAACCAGCCUGGAGCACAUCCCCACGGUCAGCCUAAAGGUGGAGCCGGGGGGCGAGGAGCUGAGUCCAGGGCAGCUCUGUGAGGACGAGCACCCAUCCAACCGCCUGUCGCUAAAGAAGGAAGGUUACUGCGGCGGGUUUCUGGACGUGCCGCAGCACCCGUACUCUUGGUCCAAGCCAAAGCAAUAUGUGAGCCCAUCCCUGCCGGCUCUGGACUGGCAGCUUCCAUCCAGCUCUGGGCCGUACAGCCUGCAGAUCGAGGUGCAGCCCAAGUCCCACCACCGAGCCCACUACGAGACAGAGGGCAGCAGGGGGGCGGUGAAGGCCCUGGCAGGAGGACACCCAGUCAUCCAGCUCCACGGCUACAUGGAGAGCGAGCCUCUCACCCUGCAGCUGUUCAUCGGCACGGCUGACGACCGGCUGCUCAGGCCCCACGCCUUCUACCAGGUCCACCGCAUCACCGGGAAGACAGUGUCCACCCCGAGCCACGAGGCUCUGCACAACAACACCAAGGUGCUGGAGAUCCCGCUGCUGCCAGAGAACAACAUGAGGGCCAUAAUCGACUGCGCCGGGAUCCUGAAGCUGCGUAACUCAGACAUCGAGCUGAGGAAGGGGGAGACGGACAUCGGACGCAAGAACACACGAGUGCGGAUGGUUUUCAGAAUUCACGUCAACCAGGCCACAGGCCGAACGGUGUCCCUGCAAGUGGCAUCCAAUCCCAUCGAGUGCUCCCAGAGAUCGGCCCAGGAGCUGCCGCUGGUGGAUAAGCAGAGCUUGGAGACUUGUCCCGCCCCCGGAGGGGAGAGGAUGCUCCUCGAUGGACACAACUUCCAGCACGACUCCAAGGUGGUGUUCGUGGAAAAGGCUCAAGACGGUCACCACCUCUGGGAGACUGAGGCCAAGGUUGAGAGAGACACCUCAAAGCCUAAUUCGCUCCUGGUUGAAAUCCCUCCGUAUCGGAACCAGAGGCUCUCCACUCCGGUCCACGUCAACUUCUACGUCUGCAACGGCAAGAGGAAACGAAGCCAGUAUCAGCGCUUCACCUUCGUCCCCGCCAGCGUUCCAACAAUAAAGACGGAGCCACAUGACGACUACGACGCCCCCCUGUUGUGCACUCAGCAUGGUUCCACCCUGGCCUUGCACCCAAAGCCAUACUUCCCCUCGCAGGUCAUGCCCCCUGCGAUGAUGACCUCUGACCCCAGGCCGUGUGUUGUAGGUGGAGCUUACCCUGUCAGCCAGCCUAGACUGACAGCCAAGCCUUCCACGCUAACCUCCUCUUCCUCUCCGUGCACCAGCCCCAAAUUGCACGACCUGUCGUCGUCACCCUUCUCCCCCAAGUGCCCCCCUGCCGGCCCAGCGGUCCCACACCAGGGCCCCCAGUCCCCGAUCCCUCACGUCUCCAUCAUCCAGGAGACCCCCGGGCGCUACCAGCUACCCAGCCUCUACCCACCCAGCAGCUCCUCCUCCUCCCCAACCUCGCAGCCAUCCACCCCGACCGACGCCCCCUUCUCUCCGGCCCAAUGCAUGACUCCAGCCCAGCCGGUCAGCGGCAGCACCAGCCCAGCCACCCAGCAGCACCCCAAAGCACCAGAAAGAGGGCGAGCCCCCCUGCAGGAGGACGGCAGCCCCCCGACACUGGCUGUCAGCAUCAAACAAGAACCGCAGGAGCUGGACCAGAUGUACCUCGAUGAUGUCAAUGAGAUCAUCAGGAACGACCUGUCCAGCAUCUCCGUCCACAGCCACGCGUAGUUUCCCGUCACCUGCAAAACUGACACAGAAAACAAACAAAAAAGGGAAAAAACAAACGAAGGCGACUCUGCGCUCUGCAUGUUCGGACUACAGCGUGCACGAAGCAGCUCGAAGGAAAUCCGAGGAGAACAAUUGUAAAUGUAUCGUCGAGACGACCAGGGUCCAACACGUGCCUUGUUUUUCAUAUAUAAAGCUUUUAUGCAGAAAUUAUCCAAGGAGUAAAUCACAUGACUGACUUUUUUUAAGACAUGUAGAUUGAGUAUGUAGCAACCAAACCUGCCACCCCAAACACACACACACACGCACACACACACACACACAACAUGGUAUAAAAUAUGCUUUUAGGGGACCAAGAAUUGUUUUAUAUGUGUUUUCUUGCUGCAGUUUGUAAAUGAUUCAGUGCCUAUGUGUUGUGUAAUUUGUAUAUACAGUGUCUGUACUGCUUCAGUUUGCAUAUCUGGCUUUACAGAGACAGUUUAACAGAGAAGUGCCUUUGACUGGAGACGGAAAGAUGUGGCUUCACAAGUUCAACCUCAAAAUUCGAAAUGAAAGUGAGAUAAUGUAACUUCUGUUGAGUGGCUGCUGCGGCCGCAAGUGACAAUUAUGGGGUAAUGGUAAAAUGCUAAGACAUACUGUAACACUAGCACAAAGACAGGAUUGUCAUAAAGUCAGCAAUGUCCGUUACACAGUAAUAUCCGUCUAGAGUUUGCUAACAUUAGCUAACAUUAGCCACCAUAAGCUAAUGGUCAUACCAGACCAAAUGAGGUCGGAAGAGCAAAACAUCAGUGUGUUGAAUCGAUGAAGGGGUUUUGUUUUAUUUCUUAUGAAUCAACUUUUCAUUUGUAACAGGAAGAAUGUGUCGGCUCUGGUGUUAAAAGUUGCGCGGUCUUGCUUUAAAUCAUAUUUGUUUGGCAAGUUAGAGUUACUAAAAACCGAAUCCAUUUCCUGUAUUCUACGGAAGCCGAGAGCGGCCAGACUGGCGAGUAUUUUUUGUUAUCUCGUUAUCUCGAGAUAACGAAGCUCGUUAUUCCAAGAUAACGAGAUAUCAUCAGCAGAAAACGGUUUUGACUGAACCUCACGCACUAAGUCACGGUAACGCUCCUCCUUAGCAACAGUCGUUAGUAACUCGUUAGCUGACGAGGAUCUGAAAAUGAUCUCAUAUGAAAAGACACAGUGUGAUUUCUGCCCUUGAUUGAAAUAUUCUCUGAUGCGUUGAUCAAUGCGUCGUUCUGACAUUUUCACUUUACAGCUCCACAAAGUCGUUAUAAUGAGAAAACGGGCUCUGUUAUCUCCAGAUAACCAGAUAACUAUCCGGUUAUCUCAGGAUAACAAAAAAAUCGUUUUCUCCUGAUGAUUUAAAAAAACAUUUACCAGUAUGACCUUUCUCAGCUUCUGUAGUAUUCACAACCAACAACAAGCACUUAACCACUAAAACCGUGGUAUUCAUUUUUUUUUUUUAUUCGGUUAAAACAAGUUUCUGUCACUUGAAGUCAAACAGGGAUGGCAAAACUUUCCAGCUGAUACGAUUCCCAAAACCUCGAACCAGGUUCUUCUGCCUUUAUGCACUUGAACAGCACAAAAAAAAAAAAAAAAAAAACACGUGUGGUCACAAGAUACUGAGUCAUCUUGUCGUUGUUGAGGUAAAAAUAAUAUGGACUGCACACUGACUUGAAAAUAACAUGAACUGUUGGCUAAGGUGAAACUAGAUGGACUUUUAUCAAAGAAGAAAAAUCAUCUCAGUCUUGACGAAGCUUGACUUUUAUUACUCCCUGGAAGCUAUGCAACGUGCAGGAAGCAUCGGUCUGUGUGAGAAUGUAAACAAUCAGCAUUGAACCUGAGAAGGUCUCUAAUCCAAAGAAUACUUAAUAACGAUGAACAGCAAUACAAAUAUAUGAAUUCUUUAAUGUUUUGUUUUUGUAUUUUCAUAUUUAUUCUCUUAGCAUGUGCUCAGUUUAUCCAUGUUUAUCAUACAGCUUCUUUUACAUGGUUACCUACAUACUGUGGUUUAUGUACUAAAGUGUUUGUGUGUAACUGAACAGGCUCACACACUUGUUCCCAGUUUUAUUUGUAUUUAUGAGUCUUAAUCCAUGUUAGUGAAGGGCAUGAGAGAAGCCGUACUGAAAUGUUUACCAGGAGGUUAUUGUUAGUCUGUAACGCAUAUUUCUGCUUUGUGAUCUAUUUUGUGUACUUGUCAAUAAACAAGUCUUCAUCUCUUUCA